GUCAGGAGGCGGGGCCGGGCCGCGGGUCGGAGCGGGUUGAGAGUGAAUGCAGAGCGUAAACUUCUUCCUCCUGUUGUCCCUCUAGAACACCUUUUUUUUUCCAAGUAAUUCUGAUGGAAGACCAGCUGGGGUUCCUGCAGUGCUGAAUAGUUGCUUGGAGAAGUGGUGAAUGAGUGAAGAUACUCUCGGUGAUGGUUCAAACGUGGGAGCUGCUGCAGAUGUGGUUGCUGCUGCCCUGGGAAGAUGCCUUGAUAGGGAAUUAACACCCGUCAGUGAUGGGCUGUGGGACAAGCAAAGUGCUUCCCGAGCCCCCCAAAGAUGUGCAGCUGGAUCUGGUUAAAAAAGUAGAACCUUACACGGGCCACAGUGACAUCUACAAGCAUUUCAUCAAAGAUGAUGGUGGGACUGUCAUCAAAGCUGGCUCUCCCUCACCCCCACGUCACACAAACCCGUUUCCUGGUAACCCCCUGCCUGCCCACCCAGCCCAGCCCGAGCCCCGCAAGAACAAAGUGGCCAAAUACCGUGCCAAAUUUGACCCCCGAGUGACAGCCAAGUAUGACAUCAAAGCCCUGAUCGGAAGGGGAAGCUUUAGCCGAGUUGUGAGGGUGGAGCACAAAGCCACCAAGCAGCCUUACGCCAUCAAGAUGAUAGAGACCAAAUACAGGGAGGGGAGGGAGGUGUGCGAGUCGGAGCUGAGCGUGCUGCGGAGGGUUCGUCACACCAAUAUCAUCCAGCUCAUAGAGGUGUUUGAGACCCAGGAUCGGGUGUACAUGGUGAUGGAGCUGGCAACUGGGGGAGAACUGUUUGACAGAAUCAUUGCCAAAGGUUCCUUCACGGAGAGGGACGCCACGCGCGUGCUGCAGAUGGUACUUGACGGUGUGAGGUACCUGCACACGUUGGGUAUCACACACAGGGACUUAAAACCAGAGAACCUGCUUUACUACCAUCCUGGAACGGAUUCCAAAAUCAUGAUUACAGACUUUGGAUUGGCCAGUGCUCGAAAGAAAGGAGAUGAUUGCCUGAUGAAAACCACCUGCGGGACGCCGGAGUACAUCGCUCCUGAGAUCCUGGUCAGGAAGCCCUACACCAACUCUGUGGACAUGUGGGCUCUGGGUGUCAUCUCCUACAUCCUCCUGAGUGGCACGAUGCCCUUUGAGGAUGACAACCGCACCCGAUUGUACAGGCAGAUCCUGAAGGGAAAGUACAGUUACUCGGGUGAGCCCUGGCCCAGCGUAUCCAACCUGGCCAAGGAUUUCAUCGACCGCCUGCUCACCGUGGAUCCCAGCGACAGGAUGACAGCCCUCCAGGCCCUGAAGCACCCCUGGGUGGUCAGCAUGGCAGCCUCCUCCUCCAUGAAGAACCUGCACCGUUCCAUCUCCCAAAACCUUCUCAAGAGAGCCUCCUCCCGCUGCCAGAGCACCAAAUCAGCACAGUCCACACGUUCCAGCCGUUCCACCAAAUCCAACAAGUCAAGGAGGGUUCGGGAAAGGGAGCUGAGAGAGCUCAACCUGCGCUACCAGCAGCAAUACACUGGCUGAGCACCAGGCUGGGACCUGCCCGAAAUCUUUCCACACAUCUUCUCUGCAGUGUAGCUGUGCAGCACCCUUUGCUGCAGGUUCCUCCCUCCCUUCUUUCAGGUGUAUCCCCUCCCCUCCACCCCGCCGUGUGGAGGAAAAGGAACCUUGUGGUGGCACUUGUGGGCCAGCUGUGCCCGUGCAGAGAAUGGAGCAGCUCUUUUUGCUCGGAGCCUCGAGUAACACACAAAUUAAGGAGCUGCAAACGAGGAGAAGAGCUCUUUCUGUAGCCCAGGAGCCUGGUUGUUCGUAGUUAUUUAUUAAUUCCACUCGCAUAUGGAAACAAAAUCACUUUGUAUGUGUGCACGUAGCACAUACACACGUGGGGGUGUGUGUAUAUAUUUAACAAAUUUAUAUAUACACACAUUCUGAACUGGUUUAGUCACACUCUGUGGUGCCUUUGCAGUGCAGCUGGUGUGAGUCACAUGCAGUUAGAACCAAGAUAGCACUGACUCACAGCGUGCUGCCCAUCAGCUCCUCGUCCCAGUGCAGUGUCAUGGAGAUGCCAGACAGCAGUUGUGAAUGCGAUGGCCGUGAAGCUGUGAGGAUCCCCAAAGGGGGCUGCCUGCCAUCGGUGUGCUGACAUCAAGGGUUUGCUCACAUGAUGCAGAUUGGCAACCGGACCGAAACGCUGCCACCUCGGAGCUGGAGUCCCAUCUCUUUCAUCCUGACUGCAGGGGUGCUCCCCAGUGAGGGGCAGCUACAGGAGGAUCAUCCUGCAGGAACUUUGUGCUCCACAGAGAUGAAGGCAGUUUUUAGGGGUUCCCCUAUUUGUAGUAGGAGCAGUGCCUAACAGGCAGGGUUUGGUUUUGUUACCGUGAUGUGUGCCUUACUGUUACCAACUGUGUUUCCAAUGCUUUGGUUGCUCUGGGGUGUUCCCUGUCCUCCCCUGCUAUUGCCAUCAGUUCCCUGGAGCAGGGAAGUGGUGGUGGGAGCUGGUGGGGUGACCACAAGUGGCUCCAUAGGGGUAGAGUAGGAGCUUGGCUAGCAGAAGCCCAGUCCUGAAAUGACAGCAGUGAGAGAUGAGCAGAAACCACCGAGCUGUUAGAUACAGCUUAAAUCCACCAGGAAAAAGUGGGCUUUCAGUUCUAUUGAGCUGAAAAAAGGAAAUUUCUAGGGAUGUGCUUCCCAUCCCAGUGCUAGGAACCUAACUACUUCAUGUAUCUUUUGUUCCCAAGCUCAUGGUGAGGAAUAUGACAGAGCAUACUUAAGGAUGAUGUCUCAGACACUUGCAGGGGUGAAUUCCAAACCCUUUCCAUGGGUUUGCAUGUUACAUUGGAAGCUCUGCAUCCCUUGCAGGCUGCUCUGUCCUGACUGCCCAUCCUUCCAUCAGCAUUAACUGCUGUUGCAGAAUUACUAGCUGUUUUUACUUUAGCUCUGUGGGCUAUGGGUGG